AUGGAGAGCGCGCAACCUCGCCUCGUCUCCUCCUCCGUGGCCAUGAUGCUGCUUGGGUCGGCUUGGCUGCUGCCCUCACAAGCCAUGGCUGAUUCGGAUCCCGCUCCGCUCGAUAUUCGAUCCCUCAUCAUCCUGGCCGGCAGGAAAACUUCUGAUGGGGCCUCGAAAGCGCAAUCACAGUCGGGCAUUGGUAUCGUGACAUUCAUCACCUCCAUUACCACGGCCUUGGUCAUCUUUGCCGUCCAGACAUCUAUCUUUGCGCUUCUUCGCAACAACCUCCCGCGUAUUUUCAAACCCAAAACAUAUCUUGUUCCCGAACGCGAAAGAACCGAACCGCCUCCCAACAACUUUUUCGCCAUGAUAAGAACUGUGGUUUGUUUCAAGGACCGUGAGAUUAUCAAAAAGUGCGGUCUCGAUGCCUACUUCUUCCUCCGCUACCUCAAAACCCUCCUCAUCAUUUUCGUACCCAUCUGCGCCGUCGUCCUGCCGAUUCUGAUCCCGCUCAAUUACGUCGGAGGCAUUGGAAAGCGACUCGAUGUAAAUGCCGACAACAGCACUGCCGACAACAACACCGUAACUGGAUUGGACACUUUGGCCUGGGGCAAUGUUCGUCCCACGAACACAGGCCGUUAUGCGGCGCACCUCGUGCUAGCCAUCCUGGUGGUGAUCUGGAUAUGUGCCGUCUUCUUUUUCGAGCUCAGGGCAUACGUCAAGGUCCGCCAAGACUAUCUCACCAGCGCUGAGCACCGACUGCGAGCCUCCGCCACCACUGUGCUUCUCAACUCCAUUCCCAAGAAAUGGCUCAGCGAGGAAGCACUCCGAGGGCUUCUCGAUGUCUUCCCAGGUGGAGUCAGGAAUGUGUGGCUGAAUCGCGAUAUGAGCAAGCUUCUCGACAAGGUAAACCUUCGCAAAAAGAUGCACCGUCUCUUGGAAAAUGCCGAGACCGAACUCAUCAAGGCCGCCAAAACGACCCAGCUUAAGAAACAGAGAAAAGACGAAAAAAGGGAGCGCAAGGAAAUGAAACUUGGAGCGCUGAGCAAGGAAGAGAAGGCUGCCAGAAGUGCGAAGCGGGAUCAAGAGGCUAAAGAACUCGCAAACAGCGGCGAGAGUGAAGAUGCUGGCGACAAUGACAAAAUUCCUCACACAGUCACUGCUGCUGUCCAGGAAUCUGCCAUGGAGAUCGAUGAGGAGCACCAGCAUGACCACGAUAAGCAGCAGGACACAGACCACAACAUGCACAACCCCCUUGCUGGAUUGACCAAAACUACCUCCAAAGUCGCAGGCGGGUUGAAAAACGUGGCCAGCAAGUCUGGCAAGGGAAUUGAAGAUGGUCUUGGAACCACGCAUGGUUUUGCGCCGCUGUCUCCAAAGAGCAAAAAGAGUUUGUCUCUUUCUGUUCAGCGCCCGGGAACAAUCGGGUCUCACGCAACGCAUUCACCUGGUGGAUCAAUUGUCUCGGCUACGUCUACCAGUGCUAUCAAGAAGCCCGAAGAUGUAGACGACCAGGGCGUUGGUGGUAACACAGUCAGGAAAGCAGACGAUAACGACUUCAAAGACAAUCGCAGGAACCGAUUCUGGCAGUUUUGGAAGCCUCCGUCAGGUGGCUACGCGUCGCCAGUUCCCCAAGGAUUUGAAGCCGAGGAUUACAUGUCUUCUGGUCAAAAAAAGGACAAGACAUUCUGGCAAACGCUCAAGGGCUUCAUUCCGUUUAUGGGAGGUGAAGGCGAGGAAGAAGCAGACUAUCCUGAGGCAUUCGAUCCAGAACACCAAAAUACAGAGGAGGAAGAUGCCGAAUGGCGCAAAUACCUUAAGAAGAAGCAACGCCCUACGCAUCACCUCCCUCUCUUUGGCGUCAACUGGCUUUUUGGUAUUAGCGGAAUUACAAAAAAGGUCGACACGAUCUACUAUUGCCGAAAAGAACUUGCUCGCCUCAAUCUCGAAAUCGAAGAGGACCAAAAGCAUCCUGACCGCUAUCCGCUCAUGAACUCGGCGUUUGUUCAGUUCAACCAUCAGGUCGGGGCACACAUGGCUUGCCAAAGUGCCGUGCACCACAUUCCUCGUCAAAUGUCUUCCAAGAUUAUCGAAAUUUCGCCUCGAGAUGUUGUUUGGGACAACAUGGCCAUUUCCUGGUGGGAAGAAGGCCUUCGUGCUUUUAUUGCCAUCGGAAUCGUGCUGGUCAUGGCUUUCUUUUGGGCCAUUCCGGUAGCCGCGACGGCUGCAGUGAGCCAGCUGGACCAGCUUAUCCAAGAAAACCCGUGGCUACACUUCCUCAAAGCGAACCAGAACGUUGAGAAUCUUGCCAAGAUUAUUGCGGGUGUCUUACCUGCCGCCCUGUUGGCGCUGCUGCUUGUCUUGGUGCCACCCAUCUUGAACCUUCUCGCCGGCAUACGAGGAGCAAAGACCGGAACGCAGAAAACUGAAUUUGUUCAGUUUUUCUACUUCAUCUUCCUGUUCCUUCAGGUCUUCCUUGUCGUCUCGAUUGCCUCGUUCUUUGCUGCGUCUCUAGACAAGUUUGUAGAAAACAUCAAAGAUCAGUUGGGAUCGGUUGAAAGCGUGCUGAACCUGCUGGCUGACAACCUCCCCAAAGCGGCAAACUAUUUCUUCGGUUACAUGAUACUGCAAGCGUUGAGUACUAGCUCCGGUACCUUGCUGCAGAUUGUCUCGCUUCUGUUUUGGUUCAUUAUCGGGCCAAUGUUUGACAGCACGGCUCGAAACAAGUGGGCGAGAAACACGAACCUUAACAAUGUGCAGUGGGGUGCCUUCUUCCCUGUUUAUACAAACUUCGCCUGCAUCGCAAUCUUCUACUCCAUCAUUUCACCUCUGAUUUCCAUCUUUGCGAUAGUCACUUUCGGCCUUCUAUGGCUGGCUCAGCGCUAUGCGAUGGUGUACGUGUACCGCAUGGAGCACGAUACCGGCGGCGUCUUAUACCCACGAGCCAUCAACCAGACUUUCACCGGUUUGUACUUUAUGGAGGCAUGUAUGGCGGGGCUCUUUUUUAUUGCAAGAGACCAGAACAAACAAGCCUCGUGCAUUCCGCACGGUGUCAUCAUGUUGGUUGUCAUGUUCUUGACCGCGGUGUACCAAUAUCUCCUCCAUCAAUCAUUCUCGCCGCUGUUUCGUUACCUACCCAUUACAUUUGAAGACGAAGCCGUUCUACGCGAUGAGGCAUUCCAGCGAGCUCAAGACGCUAGACUGGGCGUAGACGACGACGACGACGACGACGACGACGAAGAAGACAUCAAGGAACCACACGGCAUGCGGGAGAAGUCUCCAUCUCUGAUGGAAGGCGAAGAAGGCAUCGAGCUGAACACGAUGCAGCAGGAAAACCGUCGUCCGACCGGGCUGCGUCCCAAUCCUAUGAAGCAGGUUGGUACGUGGGCGGUGCAAGGUGGCAGGCAAAUGGGGGGAUGGGCCAAGGGCGGAGGAAACCAACUGUUGCGUCUGACCAAGGCCGACCGCAACUCCCAGGCUGCGCAGUACCGUCGGGCGCAGCGUAAAAAGGAUCUCGAGGCGCAGCGCGCAAUGGGUAAUGCCCUUUUCGGCGGUGUCCACGACGAAAUCGAAGAUCUUACGCCCGACGAGAGAGACAUGCUGACGCGGCACGCUUUCCUGCACUCUGCCCUACGAGCCCGCCGCCCGGCUGUCUGGAUCCCACGCGACGACCUGGGCAUUAGCGAGGACGAGAUCAAACGCACGCGCGCGUUCAGCAAGCACAUCUGGAUCAGUAACGAAGGCACAGCGCUCGAUAGUAAAGUGCGCGUGAUCUACGGCAGGCAUCCGCCCGACUUCUCCGAGGUUGACGUGAUCAAUCUUUAA